AUGGACCCAUCACGACAAUACAUGCUGCCUCAAGGGUAUGCCGAAGCCUCCACUCAACAACCUUACCUGCUGGGCGGGCAAGGAGGAGAGCCUAGACAGCAUCCUGUCGAAAUACACCACCCCAUGCCCUCGAUACAUGCCACGCCAAUGGACAUCUCGGCCGCGCUGACAACCAGACCAAAGCCUUCGAGAGAGGGAAUCCGAGGUGGUAGAAGACCAGACAACCAACCACUCGUAUAUCGAGAGCUGCCCUCAUUCCCAAAGUUCGACGAAUCAAUCCCGAAUGAUGCAUCAAUCGAAGAAAUCUGUGUCAGAUACCCAAACCACCUUCGUGGAAGAUAUCUUGAGUCGUUCAUUCAGUGGCGCUGGACCGCCAAUGACAUAUACAACCGCCUGACACAGCAAGCGAUCAAGGAAUUCGAGGAGAAUGGCAUCGCCACCUGCGCGUCUUUCAGUAAUCGAGCCAACUUCCUCUUCAAACGCCUUGAUGCAUAUCUCAGCAAACUCAGCACCGGCGAGGUCGAAGCUCUUUGCACCGGUCCCAAAAUCCGCCCUUGUAUGAUGGAUGGGAGAGAAAUGUAUGGCGCCUCGAAGCUGCAAGGGAAGUUCAGAAACCCAAAGGCCACGCCGGUGAGGAAGCUUUCUUUUCGGCCUCGCCAGCGGAAGGGUCAUGUUGAAACGCUGCGAACCACUCUACCACAGCCUCCAUCAAACAUGCCGUGGGCAUCGGGUAGCCAGCUCGAAGACUUCAAGAAGGUCAUGGCGAACCACUUCACGACCCAGGUCAUGUAUGCGGACACCAUCAUCGACGCUGAUGCGUUCUACUCGAACAGCAACUCUGGGCAACGCCAUCGAUGCGUCCUGCAAAUGCUCAAUAUCCCAGUCAAUAGCCAUACAGAGGGCCUAUUCGAGUUUCACCGGAUUGAGGACUGCCCGAGAUUUGCAGCGUUGAUUGACAGCAAAGUCAGAGAGAUGAUUAGUCAAGAGCAGGUUUCUCGAGGCCAUGUGGCUUUACCGGCAACGUCUGACAGCGCUGCUCAGCAGGAACAAUGGGUUAUGGACCGCAACAACGCAGUAGCACGCAUUCUGGAUGAGCAGCAGACCAUCACAUCGACCUUGAAGGAACAUGCGCGAAACGCUCAUUUUUCCACUUCGGCCAGCCACCAGCAAUUCGGACUUGUACACCAGACAGUUCAAGCAGUGGCGGACUCUGUCAACGUCGUUCCAUCGAUUGAGAUAGACCAUGUACAGGGAAAUCACAACGCCUAUCAGCAGAUUCCGGACAUGCCUUAUGCUAGGGAAGGGUUCGUUGAUCCGACGAUGGGAUUGGGUGGAAGCAACAAGCGAGCGAGGGUUGAAGAACCUGUCGAGAAUGCAGCCACCAAGCGGGUGAAAGUGGAAAGUCCACAAAUGGCAGGAGGAUUCGGCUCUUCAUACUUUGUCACUGAACCGCGGUACCCUGAGCAGAACGCGCCAUUUGGAGCCGAUUUUCAACCGGCUUUCCAGCCUGAGAACAGUGGGCUUAGAAUGGGACACCGUCAACCACUGGCCUAUCCAGUGCAAAAUAUGGGCUAUGGGGGUGAACAGGUGGAGGGUCGAGAUCCAGACUUCACCAACGGGUGUGCGCAAUACUGGAUUGACAACCUCCCACAGCUUGGUGACACUUUGGUCGAGGGCGCGGAUGCAUUCCGAGCAGCUGAAGGUCUGCAGACGGGAUUCGAGAUGGGAGCGGUCGAAGAUGAGGUUGAGAAUUUUCUUGUGGUCGGCCAGGGCAAUCAGUGGGAUCUCAUCUUCGGCGAACCGGCUGACAGCGACCUCGAGAUUUCUCAGAUUGACCCAGCGUGGCUGCGCGAGGUCUUCAAUGAUAACUGA